AUGGACCAGGAGGAGGCUCCGCCGCCAUACUCGGCCGUCGACCCGUUGCUCGCCGAGGCCAGCAAUCGAAAUGGUAACUCCCAUCCCGUCCCGCGUCCUCUGCGCGGGAACGUGCCUGAAUCGCAAUAUGCCAGCAGCUCGCGCAUCGCCGAGCAGCCGACGGUGGUGCCGACCCAUUUUUCGUCCGCGGAAGCCUAUUUCGAGGAACGACCGCUACCGGCCCUGGACGAGAGCCGAGCGUUGCUUCCGCACCAUAUGACAAUCUACCCCCGAAGUCAGGCGAAAGAUUUUCCACGGCGUCCCCGGUGCUGGGGCUCGCGCAUGGACGUCAUUGCCCAGCAGGACUGGGACGCCUUCUUGCAGUAUAUGUUUCCAGCCCAGCUGGGGCUUGCCGCGUCUUCGCAGCAUCUGCCCCGGCAAUUGCGGGCAGAGAUCCAGCGGGACCGCAAGGAUCGGCCCCAGGAAACCGACGAAGAGCGUCGGGCUCGGAUCGCGGCUGUGAUCUCUGAAUGGAACCAAGACUUUUUCGAGCCGCGCGCGAUUUGCAUCGUCUUCGUGUACGUUUCGGAACUCGAUACGGCGCCUAUCUCCGCCCUCUGUCCUCGAUGUUAUCCCGCUGCAACCAAGGCGACCCAGAGCCCCGGCAUAUCUGGGUUUGUGGAGAGCCAGCCAGCUCACGCCCAGAGCACAAUUUCACCAGUUUUCGGGCAACCUGCCCCAUCUCCAAGCCCUUGGUCUGUACCUCCUAUGCACCCGUUUGCCAACCCGCAUGCACCGCCGAUGCCAUUCGGCGCACCUUUCAGAGCUCCUACCUAUCAUGUCCCCGGCGCGUCUCCAACGAAUCCCCCGCAAUAUUAUCCUUAUCCGCCUCCGCCUCCGCCUGGUGUUCCCCCAUGGCAAUGGAACAAUUGGGCCUAUGCACAGUCGCAGUACUCGAACUCUGGUACAUCCAAGGGAGGCACAUUUGGGUGGAUCUCGCAGCUGGCAAAUCAGGCACAAAAAUACGGGGAGCGAUUUAGCGAGCAGGCCCAAAUUUAUGGCGAUCAGCUCAGUGCCCACGCAAACCACUAUUCGCGCCAGGUAGAGGAACGAGCUCUUGCGCAUGGCCGGUGGCUAGAAGAACAAGCGGGGCUCCACGGGAGGAAGGCUGGAUUUUUCAACCCGCGACCUCCAUGGGAUCCGUACUCUGCUCCAGCCGGCGUUCCGUAUGCCGCCCCAAUAGCGCCUGUGCAGCAGAAUCCCAGUCCUGUCGACCGCCCUGAAAGCAGAACCCAACCCACCACUCAAACCAAUCCCCAGCCCAGUGAUAAUAAACCCCCCGUUGAGCGUUCAGCCGAACGCCCACGCCGCGCAUCUAUCAGCUCUGUGUCGUCCGAGUCAUCUCUCAGUUCCAUCGACUCGCUCUCUACAACAUCAGACCUGAGCGCCUCUGACCUAGCCAAUGUCCGCACACAGCUCCAGUCGCUGGACGACCGGCACGACCGAACCCUGUACGACGCAGCAGUAGAUCUCCGCCGGCAGUUAUCCGUGCUGCAAGAGUCACGCCGCGAGUCCCGGUUCGGUGGGCGACAGAACUGGAGGAACGCAUGGCGACAGAACCAACAUCAUCAACAAUACCAAAGGCCGGACCACGAUGACUGGGGCCGGUGGGAGUCGCCCGAACAGCAGCAGCGCAACUCGACAGAGCGGCGCGCCAUGAAAGAAGAAAUGCGCGCCACCCGCAAGGCCUUCCGCGAUGUACUCCGACGUGCACGGGAGGAGCAGCGCGAGCAGCGCCGGGCACGCCGCAAUCGCCGGCGCCUAGAAAGACAGAACACGGCCGAGGAACCCCCACUGGAUCGGCGGAUGGGCCAGUUGGCACUGGAAAAUCCCCAGCGUCCACUCCCCACAUUAGAGCCGGCCUCCCGCACGUCGCAUCCUCAGGGUCCAUCUGCAUUGCCUGCGGCUUCUGGCCCUUCCGAUGCCAGUUCCGACUUUAGUGCCGCGCCGAGUACCUCUGGUUCUGCGUCACAGUCGAGCAUGCAUGACCCACAGGCAGGCAGCGCCGCUGACAAAAAGGGCAAACCGCUUGACGCUCCGGGGCGGUUCCGGGAGAUGCUGAAGCAGCGCAAGGCUAAGAAGCAGCAGCAGCAGCAGCAACCCAGUGAUCCGGCAUCUGACGCUGAGACCCAAAAUAACAAGGCGACCACGAAAAAGGAGCCCGGUGCUCCGUAA